AGGAGGAGGAGAGAAAUUUGGAAAGCAAGAUAAAGACAGAGGAUAGAGGGAUACAGGCUGAUAGAGCUGUGGCAGACAGUGACUUAGGGCAGAGUAGGACGAGCAAGAGGAGGUGAGUGAGCGGAGCUGUAUCCUCUCUGAGGUUCCAACUGUGUGAUCCUGCUGCAGCUUCUCUCUGUCACUGACUGAUCCAACACAGAUGAUGUCAUCAGAGCACCUGACCUGCAGUUGGCUGCAGCAGCUACUCGUUGUACUCCUGAAGCUUUGCAUAACUUUCGCUGGGCCUCUGCGACCGCUCAAUGGGACAGAAUGCACAGCCAAGGGUCCUGCUUCCUACAUCCUGGUCUUUACGGGUCACUGGAGCCCACAGUCCUUUCCAAAGCAGUAUCCACUCUUCCGGCCCCCUGCACAGUGGUCCAAACUCAUAGCGGUUAGCCACAAUCGCCAUUUUCGACUGUGGGAGGAGGGUGCUCUAGCCAGUGCAGGGGUGCAGAACUUCUCUGAACUCGGGGUGACGGUAGAGCUCAUGAAAGCAGCCAAGGAGGCCAGGAAGAGACGUGUGGUUGGAGCCAUGUACAGAACGGCCGGCAUCCCAAAUGGCAUCGGGCACAGCUCCACGGAGUUGCUCAUACAGCCGCGGAACUCAGUGCUGUCCCUUAUGGUGAAAAUGAUCCCCAGCCCCGACUGGUUUGUCGGUGUGGACAGUUUAAACCUUUGCGAGGGCAGCCACUGGAAACAGGAAGUGAGCGUUGACCUUCACCCUUAUGAUGCAGGAACUGAUAGUGGAUUCACUUUCUCUUCUCCAAACUUUCCAACGAGUCCUCCAGAAAACAUCACAAAGAUCACGUCUCAGAUGCCGAACCAUCCAGCCAACUCCUUCUACUAUCCACGCUUAAAGGAGCUUCCACCUAUUGCCAGCAUUAGGAUCACUCAACAGAGCAGAUCACCUGACCGGCAAACCCCAAUGUCCAAUCAUAUUUUACCAAACUCUAUUAGUCCACAGCGCUUCUCAGUGACACCUCUGGAUUGCGAAGUGUCUCUCUGGUCAUCCUGGGGUUUAUGUCUGGGUCCUUGCUCCAGAGGUGGUGUUCGCCACCGUACACGUUACAUCCUCUUGCGGCCGGCCAAUGCUGGUGUCCCCUGCCCUGAGCUGGAGGAACAGGCUGAAUGUGUACCACACAGUUGUAUGAAACUUCAGUAACCUGCAGGGCGCACAGAUACUGCCAGUAUUCAACACUGGGACUCUCAUGUUAUUACUGCUGGACUACGAAAUGUUGCUGCAGCUUAAGUAUUUCCUUGAAAAUGCAAAGGAUCAUGUGUUUGUUACAGUCAAUUUGUGAUCAUUUAAAGACAUGCUGCAUUGCCCCUUCUGUGCAGCCACUUAGUUUUACUGAGUGCACUAGUUUAGGGUGUAUUCUAACCAGAGUUUUCCAUUAGAAUUACAAGUGUUGGACAGACAUUAGAUUCAGACUUAUGAGGCCCUACGAAAUGGAGUUGUUUCUUCUUCUCAAAUAACAGUCAACAUUAAUAUAAAUGAUGGUUGCCUCUAGCAGACAGAAAAAAAGAGAAAGAUUUCGGGUCUAUUUUCAUGUGAAAACAGCAAAUAACAGCAUUGCAGUGCUAGUGAAGAAUGUAACACUGGUGAAAGGUAGCUAGUUGAUGACAAUGAUCUGUGUUUUCCCAGCACAUGUUUUAAGUUUGUACUUUUAAUAAAGAUAAAGUCAAGAUAAUUAAAACAGGUAAACGCACAAAAGGGAGCAGUUUCAUGUUAAAAAUCAGGGUAACUCCACAACUAGAAGGACCCGAGCCAAGCUGCUGCUAUUGGCUAAGCUUGUUUCUAGGUUCACACUUGAUCAAAUGGGAAGUGUAUUGGGGGAAAAUGACAUCUAAACAGCUCUAAUUAAAACAGCAAUGAAUUGAACUUUUAUUCUGAAUGUAGCAGUAUCUAAUGUUUGAAAUAACAUUUCAAUGGUGUAAUAUAAAAUUGAUUUGCAUUAGCAGAAUAAAAACAUUGAGAUGAAGCUGCAUGACACAUUUUCCCCACAACGAAAUGAUGAGACUUGUUAUGGUUUGUUCAUUUUGUCAUUAACAUAUGCAUUCAAUCUGUAUCCUGAUGGUGGCCCACCACAGUCACAAGUAUUCAUCACACACUCUUACGUGUAUGCACACAUGUGAUCACAGAAAUCUGCGCACAAAGGUCCUUGCACAUACUGCAUACUGUUAAAGGCAUUGUGGCAUUAGUUUACAUUGGUAGCCUACACAUGCUUGGUACAUUCAUUUCUUUCAAAAUAGCCUCCCACCCCUUUUAUAAAUACCACCUUCACAAGAAACACUUGAUAGCUGACUUGAGGUUUAGAGAAGGUCUAAAGAAGCAGGCCUACCUAAUAAUAAAAAUCAUUUUUUAUAGAAAGAAAAAAUAUAUAUAUUUGUAUUAUCUCUUGAUAUUUUAAUGUUGAUCUUUUGUAUAUACUGAUAUGAUGUAUCUUGUAAAACUCCUGAAUAAAGAUGGAGGUGUGUUUUUCAAAUAGAG